AUCAAAGAAAAGUUCCAGUUCUGUUCUGUUUUAUUCCCUCGGUUCAAUCUUUUCAGCGACAGCAUUGGUGGCUUUUACCUUGGUUUGAGCUUCUGUCUCUCUCUUCACCAUUCUCAGACGACAUUUUCCCAAAAUUGCAAUCUUUUGCUUCGAUAUAGUUGAAUCUGGGUUUUGAUUGACCAAAUUGGAAAUCUCUCUCUCUCUCUCUCUAUCUCUCUCGCGUUAUAAUUUCGAUAUUUCAUUGAGUUAUUUUCCAGUUUCGUUGACUGCUAUUGCCUUGAAUCUUUCUGAUUCAUAUUUGGGUCCUUCACUUUCGGAAUCCGUCGUAGGAUAAAAAGGUGUAAAGUCUCCACAGAUGGUACUGGGUUUAUCACGAAAUAAACUUUUCAGGCAUGUUAUCUAUCCAGAAGUGGAAAUGCUCAUGGUCUUUGGCAGCAGCAAUUGCUUCUAUUGUGGCAUUGGUUUCAGUAGUUCAUCUAUUCCUGUUUCCUUUUGGGCCUUCUUUUGAUUACUUCAGGGAAACUCAGAUCUCUUGUGUCCCAAUUAAUGGAUCUUCUGAAGCAACAACCAACCAUGUUAGGGAAGAUCUACAGCCGACCGCUGCUUUAGAUCAUAGGUUUCCAGCUGACUUGCACAAGGGAGUUAUCUAUCAUGAUGCACCAUGGAAAGCUGAGAUUGGGCAGUGGCUUUCUGGUUGUGAUUCGGUUACCAAGGAAAUAAGCAUUGCUGAGAUAAUAGGCAGCAUUAACUGCAAAAAUGGCUGUAGUGGUCAAGGCGUUUGUAAUCGUGAAUUAGGUCAAUGUCGGUGCUUUCAUGGAUAUAGCGGAGAGGGGUGCUCUGAAAGACUGCAGUUGGAUUGCAAUUUCCCACCAUCACCAGAACAACCAUAUGGGCGAUGGGUUGUCUCAAUAUGCCCCACUUACUGUGAUACAAGAAGGGCAAUGUGCUUCUGCGGAGAAGGCACAAAAUACCCAAAUCGUCCGGUGCCGGAGGCUUGUGGGUUUAAAGUGAACUUAUCUUCUGAACCUGAUGCUCCCAAACUGACUGAUUGGACAAAAACUGACCUAGAUAAUAUUUUUACAACCAACGGUAGCAAACCAGGAUGGUGUAAUGUGGACCCAACUGAAGCAUAUUCUAACAAGGUUCAAUUCAAAGAGGAAUGUGACUGCAAAUAUGAUGGUCUCUGGGGGCGAUUCUGUGAAGUGCCCGUUCUAUGUACUUGUAUUAACCAAUGUUCUGGGCAUGGGCGGUGCCGUGGUGGAUUUUGUCAGUGUGACAAUGGAUGGUAUGGAAUAGAUUGCAGCAUUCCAUCUGUUGUAUCUUCUGUCAGAGAUUGGCCUCAGUGGCUUCGACCAGCUCGGAUUGAUGUUCCUGAUGAUGCACACCUUACAGCAAAGGUUGUCAAUCUCAAUGCUGUGGUGAAAAAGAAAAGGCCCCUUAUUUAUGUUUAUGACUUGCCUCCAGGUUUCAACAGUCUUCUCCUUGAGGGGCGCCAUUUUAAGUUCGAGUGUGUUAACAGAAUAUAUGAUGACAAGAAUGCAACAUUGUGGACAGAUCAGCUGUACGGAGCCCAGAUGGCACUUUAUGAAAGUAUCUUAGCCAGUUCACAUCGAACAUUGAACGGUGAAGAAGCAGAUUUUUUCUUUGUUCCUGUCCUUGAUGCGUGCAUAAUAACUCGUGCUGAUGAUGCUCCUCACUUGAGCAUGCAGGAACAUAUGGGUUUGAGGAGCUCUUUCACUCUGGAAUUUUAUAAGAAGGCUUAUGAACACAUUGUUGAGCAAUAUCCUUACUGGAAUCGCUCAUCAGGAAGAGACCAUAUUUGGUUUUUUUCCUGGGAUGAAGGUGCUUGCUAUGCCCCCAAGGAGAUAUGGAGUAGCAUGAUGUUGGUUCACUGGGGUAACACAAACUCAAAGCAUAACCACUCAACAACAGCCUAUUGGGCUGACAACUGGGAUAGCAUUCCUUCCAGUCGAAGAGGCAGCCACCCAUGCUUUGAGCCUGAGAAAGACCUUGUGCUUCCUGCUUGGAAACGUCCUGAUGGUAUUGCAUUAAGCGCAAAACUUUGGGCAAGGCCCCGAGAGAAGCGAAAGACCCUGUUCUAUUUCAAUGGGAAUCUAGGACCAGCUUACCCAAACGGAAGGCCGGAAGCUUCGUAUAGUAUGGGUAUCAGACAGAAAAUAGCAGAAGAGUUUGGAUCAAGUCCUGACAAGGAAGGAAAGCUUGGGAAACAGCACACAGAGGAUGUGAUUGUAACACCAUUACGCUCUGAAAAUUAUCAUGAGGAUUUAGCCGGUUCUGUUUUCUGUGGGGUAUUUCCUGGAGAUGGUUGGAGCGGUCGAAUGGAAGAUAGUAUUCUGCAAGGGUGCAUUCCUGUAGUCAUCCAGGAUGGGAUUUUCCUGCCAUAUGAGAAUGUGCUCAACUAUGAGAGCUUUGCUGUUCGGAUAAGUGAAGAUGAAAUUCCAAAUUUGAUAAAGAUACUCCGGGGAUUCAAUGAAACAGAAGUAGAAUACAAGCUGGCCAAUGUACGGAAAAUCUGGCUGAGAUUCUUGUAUCGUGAUUCUAUUAUGCUCGAAGCUGAGAGGCGAAAAACUGUUUUUGGCCGAGUUGAAGAUUGGGCAGUUGAGUUCUUGCGAUUAAUUGAAGAUGAUGUUUUUGCCACGUUUAUACAGGUUUUGCAUUACAAGUUACAUAAUGAUCCUUGGAGACGACAUAUUCAUGUAGAAAAAGACUUUGGGUUACCUAGAGAAUGUUUGAUAGGAACCAACUGAAGAGAUUUGUUCAUUUUUAAGAGACUGCUGCAGCCUCUUAAAAGCCUGGACAGAUGGGAGCAGCCAGCUGGACAGUGUCUACAAAGCCAAGUUCUCUGAUUGGAACCAAUUUCUAACCAGAGUUGGGCACCUUCUAAAUUUCUUCUCCUUCUUCUUCCUUUUCAGAGUAAAAGUAUUCAUGCGAGAUUCAUAUAUGCAUCUUGUUCUGGCUCAUUGCCUCAUUAUGUUCAGGAAACAAUGAUUAAGAAAAAUAAAAAUCAAUAAUUUCUUUGCUCA